AUAAUACAAAAAGAAGAAAAAGACACCAAAGAAGAAAUAAAACUGAUCGUUUUCCGGAUACAUAUGUCUGUUAUUUGUCGGGGGUUUGAAGUGGAAACCUUUGGUCAGUAUGCUGCUGGUUUUGUCUGAGGAACAUAAAGAACAUCUCUCGUUCCUGCCGCAGGUUGACGCCGCAGUGGUGGGAGAGUUUGGACGCAUUGCGCUGGAGUUUCUAAGAAGAGGAGCUAGUCCAAAGGUCUAUGAGGGAGCAGCUAGGAAACUCUGUGUUCCUGUAGAAAUGGUACAGCAUGGAGUGGAAGGCCUGAUGUUCCUGAUGACAGAGAGCUCCAAACACAUGAUAUCUGAAGUGGAUUUCCUUGAUUCCGUGUUGGUUUUGGGCUUUAGCGAAGAGCUUAACCAGAUGCUGUUACAGCUCUACUUGCAGCACCACAGUCAGAUUCGCAGCAUCCUGAGUCAUCUGCCGUCCAGUGUGCCUGCCUACCACAACCUGGAAUGGAGACUUGAUGUCCAGUUGGCCAGACGUUCAGCCCGCCAGCAGUUCAUUCCUAUGCUUACAAUGCGUGUCCACCUAACCAGAAGUGACGGCCACAGUGACUUCAACUCCAGGAUUCUUCAGACAGAUCCCAGUACCCUUCUGCACCUCAUCUCCACACUGGAGGCCGCUCUAGCUGCCAUGAAAACCAGUCAUGCUCGUCGCAUAUUACGGAACAUCAAAUAAUCCCCCUGUACAAUGUGUGCCUUCUCUCAAUUGCAGCCUUUAUACCUGGGAAACAUUUAAGUAAUGUCUGUAUUGUGCAGGGCAGAAUGUCACCUUUCUUUGGACCUGGAUGUUAAGGCUAUAUUUUUUACUGGCAGAGGUUUUUUGUAUGCCAAGUUGUGAUGUAUGGAUUGUACAGAAAGUUACCACAGUGCUGGUGAUACUGAAUUAAAGUGUAAUAUACAGUUGAAACUU